AUGGGACGUCUGGAGUUAAUCCUAAUCUUAACAUGUAUAGCAGGUUGCUAUACCAUAGACGGCAAUGUAAACAGAAAUGAUGUGACUCACAGAGAUGCUGUGUUGGCCUCGUGUGAUUUCAACAAAAACGAAGACCCUUUCUGCAACUUCCAACAAGACAUUGCAGAUCACAGUGAUUGGACACGUCAUACAGGAUCCACCCCAACAGCAGGCACUGGACCCAGUGGAGACUAUCCAGAUGGCUCUGGCUAUUACAUAUAUCAUGAGGCUGACAAUGUUGUGAAUGGACAGAAAGCACGCCUACUCAGCCCAACUAUUAGCAACGGGCCAGCUGAGAUUUGUGUACAGUUCUACUACUAUAUGUAUGGCUCUGACAGCAGCAAUACACUGACUGUUUUGGCCAAACAUACCGGCUCUGAGGAAAAACUGUGGCAGAAAAUGGGAAUCCAAAGCCCAUCAUGGCUUGGGGCUUCAGUCACAGUGCCCAUACCAGCUGGACAGACCAUUCAGAUUGUGUUUGAAACAAUGCGGGGUCUUACUUCGUCAUGUGACACUGCCCUGGAUAACAUUGUCAUCACUGAAGGAGCCUGCCCUGGGUGUGUAGCUGGGUGUGAUUUUGAUGACAGUGACUUAUGUGGCUGGACGAAUGUAAUACCUGAUAAUGAGGAUAUCUUUGGCUGGGAGUUGUGGCUUGGGCAGACAGAUACACCUGGAACUGGCCCUGAAGAUGACUUCUCCAAACCAGGAUUGGGGUCGUACCUUUUAAUGGACUCCUCUUUUAGUGUGGAAGGAGCAUCAGCUCAGCUCUGGAGCCCUUCUACCUCAGCUUCUUCCUCUGGCUGUCUACAGCUGGACUUCCAUUACUACAUGUAUGGCAGCUCCUCCAACAUGGAGCUUAAGGUCCAUGCAGCCACUGCUGGUGGGGCACUUGGAGCCCCUAUUUUCAGUCUCACGGGGAAUCAAGGUCAGGGCUGGAAGCCAGCAGUGGUUCGAUACACUGGUACUGCUGAUGUGCAGUUUGUAAUUGUUGGUGUUUAUGGUGAAACAGUGCAGACAGAUAUUGCCAUUGAUAGUGUCUGCAUAACCAUUUGUAAAGCAAGUCCAUCAACACCAAAACCAUCCACACCCCAACCAACAACACCUAAACCGACUACUGUGAGUCCAUCAACACCUAAACCAUCCACACCCCAACCCACAACUCCUAAACCAACUACUGUGAGUCCAUCAACACCUAAACCAUCUACACUCCAACCCACAACACCUAAACCAACUACAGCGAAUCCAUCAACACCUAAACCAUCAACAACCCAACCUACAACAGCUAAACCAACUUCUGUGAGUCCAUCAACACCUAAACCAUCCACACCCCAACCCACAACUCCUAAACCAACAACAGCUAGUCCAUCAACACCUAAACCAUCUACACCCCAACCCACGACACCUAAACCAACAACACCUAAACCAACUACAGCGAGUCCAUCAACACCUAAACCAUCAACACCCCAACCGACAACAACUAAACCAACUACUGUGAGUACAUCAACACCUAAACCAUCCACACCCCAACCCACAACUCCUAAACCAACAACAGUUAGUCCAACAACACCUAAACCAUCUACACCCCAACCCACAACACCUAAACCAACAACACCUAAACCAACUACAGCAACAAGUCCAUCAACACCUAAACCAUCCACACCCCAACCUACAACUCCUAAACCAACGACAGCAAGUCCAUCAACACCUAAACCAACAACACCCAAACCCACAACACCUAAACCAACGACAGCAAGUCCAUCAACACCUAAACCAUCCACACCACAACCAACAACACCUAAGCCAACUACUCCAACUACUCCAAAACCAACACCACCAGUGAAAUGCCCUCCUGAUUCUGAGUACAUCGAUUGUGGCCCAGCCUGUAUUCCUAGCUGCAAAGAACCCUCCACCAACUGCACUGGUUCUUGCAUCAGUGGCUGCUUCUGUAAACCAGGAUUUGUUUUCCGUGGCAAACGCUGUGUUCCUAUUGAGCAGUGUGGCUGUCUAGAUGAUGACAACAAUUACUUUGAGCCUGGUGAGAUCAUAUUUGGAAAUGGAUGCUCCAAGUUGUGUCGCUGUACUGGCAACUACACUUUUGAUUGUGUAGACAACACCUGUGACCCUGUGACAGAAGAAUGUCGGGAUGUUGGUGGAGUGCAUGGCUGCUACCCUAAAGGGACCUCCACCUGUGUUUCCUCUGGUGACCCCCAUUACACCACCUUUGAUAACCAGCGCUAUGACUUCAUGGGAAAUUGCUCUUACCUGAUGUCUGAGCCUUGUAACAGCACAGAAGUGCCAUAUUUCGCUGUAUACACUGACAAUGAGAAUCGCUACAACAAUCCUCAUAUCAGUUAUGUAAAAGCAGUGUAUGUCCAUGCACUGGGAGUGAAAGUUUCCAUUCUGAAAGAAGGGAUUGUGCAGGUGAAUGGUACCAAUGUGAACCUUCCUUUUAGUCCUGUCAAUGGUGUUGACAUUUUUAAGUCUGGUGUGCACUACACAGUGGCCUUGACCUUUGGAGUAAUUGUACGUUACGAUGGAAACCACUUUAUGGACAUUAAAGUUAUCAAGGACUAUGAGGACAAACUUUGUGGACUGUGUGGCGACUACAAUGGAGACCCCAAGGAUGACUUCCGUACCCCCACUGGUGAACUGGUCCAAAGGCCCAAUGACUUCGGCAACAGUUGGAACACAGACCCUGACUGCGAUAAGACAGUGGUAGACCCGAGCCCAGGGUGUACAGAUACUGAGCAGGACUUGUAUGAAGGGCCUGCUUACUGUGGUAUCAUACUGGACCGCAAUGGUCCAUUUGCUGCUUGCCAUCCAAAAGUCAAUCCCAAUGGUUUCUUCCAAGACUGUUUGUUUGAUGUGUGUGAGCUGGAUGGUGCUCAGUCCGCUUUAUGUGAAGCAAUAGAGGCAUAUGUCCAUGAAUGUCAGGGCCGUGGUGUCACAAUUGGGCCCUGGAGAAACAGCACCUUCUGUCCUCUGAUAUGCCCCGACAAUAGUCAUUUUGAGUCAUGCGUCCCAAUUUGCCAGCCUUCCUGUACCCCGAUUCCACCAAAUCAGUGUCCUGGGCCUUGUUCUGAAGGGUGUCUUUGUGACCCUGGAUAUUUCCUUAGUGCUGGCAAGUGUGUGAAAGAAGAUACAUGUGGCUGCAAGUAUAAUGGACAGUAUUACCAGCAUGGUCAAGAGUUCUACACUAAGGACUGUGAGCUACUAUGUAAGUGUGACCACCCAUUAGUUACCUGUAAUGCUGCUGAGUGCCCUCCGAAGGAACAAUGUGGUGUACAGGGUGGAGUAAUUGGGUGUUACCCAGAAGGCUCUCAAGACUGUAUUAUUUCUGGUGACCCUCAUUAUAACACCUUUGAUAGCAAAUUCUACAGCUUCAUGGGCACUUGCACCUACACUCUGGCACGCACCUGUAAAAACAACACCGGCCCCUGGUUCUCAGUGGAGGGUAAGAAUGAGGAGAGAGGAGUUUCUGCUGUUUCUUACCUCAGAAAACUGUAUGUGACAGUCAGUGGUGUCACAGUGACAAUGAUGAAAAGCAGGAGAACUUUGGUGAAUGGACAAAGGGUGUCUCUUCCCCACAACCCAUCUCCACUCAUGUCUCUCUCCCUUGCUGGGCAGUAUGUUAUACUCACUACUCCAUUCGGCUUGGAGGUGCAAUGGGAUGGCAACCAUUAUGCCAAGAUCACUGUUCCCAGUUCCUAUUAUGACCAAAUGUGUGGCUUGUGUGGGGACUAUGAUGGAAACCCCAAUAAUGACUUCACUAAGCCAGAUGGUUCCCAAGCCGAAACCUCAGAUCAGUUUGGCAACAGCUGGAAAACUGAUGAUGACGAGGAUGAAACGUGCAAGCCUGACACUGGGCCUGGCCCACCCUGUGAUCCUGAUCUGGAGGAUAUGGUGUCUAAUCUAGAGAACUGUGGGAAAAUAACUGAUACAAAUGGAGCAUUUAGGGACUGUAUAAAGGUGGUGGACCCACUGCCUUUCUUCCAGAGCUGUGUGUUUGAUAUGUGCCGUUAUCAGGGGCUGCAGCAGGCACUCUGUGACCAGCUUCAGGCUUAUACCGAUGUUUGCCUGAGUGCAGGUGCGCCUGUCUAUCAGUGGAGGGAACCAGACUUCUGCCCUCUGGUAUGCCCACCUAAUAGCCAUUACUCUAUAUGUGUGAGCUCCUGUCCGGAGACAUGUCUGGGUAUCAGUGGGCCACCGGGCUGCAGUGAGAAGUGUAUAGAAGGCUGUGAGUGUGACCCUGGCUUCAUCCUCAGCGACAACAAAUGUGUGCCUGUUAAAGACUGUGGCUGUGUGGACUCUUCAGGCUCCUACCAUCCGGUAAAUGAGAGCUGGUAUCUCGAGGGCUGUAUGCAGAAGUGUACAUGUGGGGGUGGAGGAAUUAUCAAGUGCUAUAGCACCAGCUGUUUGCCUACUGAGAGCUGCCAACUUCAGGAUGGAGACUAUGGCUGCAAACCACUUGAUACAGGCAUUUGUUCGGUCUCUGGUGACCCUCAUUACACCUCCUUUGAUAAGAAAGUACAUCACUUCAUGGGCGCCUGCUCCUACACUCUCACAAAGCCCUGUAAUGAGACCUCUGGGUUGCCGUACUUUACUGUGGAGACACAAAAUGAGCAUAGAGACAAUAAUAAGAAAGUGUCUUAUGUAAGAUCUGUCAUUAUCAAUGUCCAUGGCAUGAAGGUGAUUCUGGGCAAGGGCCGCAAAGUUCAGGUGAAUGAAGUUCAAGUCACUGUGCCUGUCAGACUUCCAAAUGAUGUUAAGAUCUUCCUAAGUGGCAAAUUUGUGGUGCUUGAGACAGACUUCGGAUUGCGCGUCCGAUUUGAUGGAAAUCAUCAUGCUGAUGUCACCCUGCCUUCCUCCUACAGUGGCCUGUUAUGUGGACUCUGUGGAAACUAUAAUGGUAAUCUUAACGAUGACAACAUCAAGUCCGAUGGGAACCAAACAGACAGCACCAAUGAGCUUGGAGAGAGUUGGCAGGUGCCCGAUGACAGGAUUGAUUGUACUCAUGGAGGAGGAGACAUUGAAUGCGAUGAUAGGAUCCAGAGUGAAGCUCAGAAACCUACUAGCUGUGGCAUGAUUACCGACCCCAGUGGAAUCUUCAAGCCAUGUCAUGCCGUGGUGCCUCCUGGUCCUUACUUUGAGAACUGUGUGUUUGAUCAGUGUGGCACCGGUGGUGGCGCAGUGGCACUGUGCCAAGCUAUUGAAAGCUAUGCCGACCUGUGUGCUCAUGCUGGGGUGCCAAUUAACUGGAGGAAUAACACCUUCUGUCCUAUUAAAUGUCCAGUUGGUAGUCAUUAUGAGCCAUGUGGUACUGCGUGUCCUGCCAGUUGUCAGGACCCUGGAUCUGAAGGCAUCUGUAAUAAGCCAUGUGUUGAGGGAUGUGUGUGUGAUCCUGGUUUGGUGCUCAGUGGAGACAAGUGUGUGCCCUUCAGUGAGUGUGGUUGCACUGACAAGGACAACAACUACAGGCCUGUUGGAGACAGCUGGUUUACCAAAGAUGACUGCACAGAGCGCUGCAUGUGUUCACCUUUCAAUACUGUGACAUGUGAGGCCUGGGAGUGUGGUCCUGCUCAGGAAUGUAAAGUCAAUGAGGGUCAACUGGGCUGUGUGAACACAGGAGUGGGCGUUUGCCACAUUGCGGGUGAUCCUCACUACUACACCUUUGAUAGCAUUAUGCACACUUACAUGGGUACCUGCACUUACACACUGGUGGCGAUAUGCAACAGCUCGAUGGUGACACCCUUCACCAUUGUGGCUAAGAACGAAGAACGUGGUCAGCCUGAUGCUUCGUAUGUUCGUGCAGUGACCAUCUAUCUGCCCAAUGCCAACAUCACACUCAGCAAGAAUGGCAGAAUAAUGCUGAAUGAACGCAGGAUAAAGACCCCCUAUGAUAUCACUGAAGCCAAGGCACAUGUAUUCACCAGUGGAGUAAACAGCGUGCUGGACACUGACUUUGGCCUGAUCGUGAAGUUUGAUGGUGUGCACCAUAUUGAGAUCACUGUACCAGGAGACUAUUUCAACAAGGUGUGUGGUAUGUGUGGUAACUACAAUGGUGAUUCCUCUGAUGAUAACCUGAUGCCCAAUGGCAAACCAGCCAAAGAUGUCAAAGAGCUUGGUAAUAGCUGGAAGGCAGAGGGAGACAGUGAUCCUGGUUGCCAACCUGACUCACGACCUGAUGUCAAUCCCAACUGUGAUGAGGAUGAGGAAGAAGCCUACAGGGCACAGUGUGCAGAGCCUAUCCUGUCUGAUAACUUCAAGAAAUGUCACUCUCAAAUUCCUCCAGAGGCCUUCCUGGGCAACUGCAUUUAUGAUAUGUGUGAAUAUAAUGGCAUGAAGUCAACUCUGUGUGACAACAUUGAGGCUUACGCACAGGCCUGUCAGAGUGCUGGAAUCCCGAUCAGCUGGAGAAACAACACUUUCUGCCCUGUACCAUGCCCUCCCAACAGUCACUUCUCUGAAUGCUCAGCGCCAUGUCCUCCCACUUGUGCCGACCUCUUCCCCAUAUUCUGCCCAUUUCCACCUAACAGUUGUGUUGAAGGCUGCCAGUGUGAUGCAGGUUUCGUGUUAAGCGACGGCAAGUGUGUUCCCCUCUCAAACUGUGGAUGUGUUGACAGCAAUGGAGAGUAUCAUGAUGUGGGAGAUUCAUGGAUAACAGACCACUGUGACCAGAGGUGCAGCUGCAGCCUUGGAGGAGUGCUGUCCUGCAAGACUUUCGAAUGUGACGACAGCUCAAUCUGUGCUCUUGACAAUAAUGGAGACCGUUACUGCAAACCUGAGAAAUUCGAUGACUGCAAUAUUGCUGGGGAUCCUCACUAUCGCACCUUUGACAAAUACAAUCACCACUAUCAAGGACUCCAUACCUAUGUGUUAACCCAAGGCAACAAUCUGCCCAGCUCCCUCACCCCUUUCAUUGUCCGUGGCAAAAAUAAUCGUCAAGGAGUUCUCAGCCGUGUGUCCCUCCUCCAUGAGGUCUAUGUGGAUGUGUAUGGCAUCAGUGUUCGAAUUCUACAGAAGAAGAAAGUGCUGGUCAAUGGCGAGAGAAUUUCUCCACCAUACAGUCCCAUACAAGGAGUUACCAUAAAAACAAAGUCUCGCUUUGUUAUGCUCUCAACCGACUUUGGCCUUUCAGUGCGCUUUGAUGGCAAUACCCAAGCAGUGGUGACUCUUCCCAGUAUAUACAAAUCUCGUGUACUUGGUCUGUGUGGUAAUUAUGAUGGACUCUCCAAUAAUGAGUACACAAAACCAGACGGCACAACAACCCGCAACCUCAAUGAGUUUGGAGACAGCUGGAGAGUAAAUGACAAAGAUGGGGCGGGUGUUCGUGCCAAAUCCCUACCAAAGAUGGUGCACCUGCACAAGCGUGAAGUGGAGGAAGAUCCAGAUUCGGGCUUUGAGACGACGGGCUGCACUGAUGUUCAGCUGGCUGAGCUGAACGGGAAUAAACAGUGUGGAGCUCUCAGUGACCCGGCAGGUCCUUUCGCUGCCUGCCAUGCUCAGAUUUCUCCAGACAUGUUCCAAGAGGACUGUGUGUUUGACCUGUGUGCGGAGCAGGGCAGUGAAGUGCUGCGCUGUGAAAAUUAUGCUGUCUAUGCUCGGGCUUGCCAAGAUGAGGGUGUCAAACUGGGGCAGUGGAGACAACAGCUGAAUUGUGUUCUGGAAUGUGGGGCCAAUAGCACCUAUUUCGACUGUAUGACACCAUGUCCAGCAUCCUGUGCAGACCUGGCAGCUCCCUCAGAGUGUGAGCAAACUGUAUGUGUGGAGGGAUGCCAGUGCGACUCUGGCUUUGCCCUGAGCGAAAACGACUGUGUGCCUUUCAGCCAGUGUGGAUGCACUUUCCUGGGUCGCUACUAUACGCUGAAUGAGACAUUUGUGACAGAUGAUUGCUUGCAGAGUUGUGAAUGUACCACCACUGGUGCUGUUUGCCAACUGAAGGGCUGUGGAGAAACAGAGAUUUGCACGGUGUUCGACACCAAACGUGACUGCUAUAGAAUGAGUCCGUGUUUGAGCUCACCCUGUCUGAAUGAAGGUACCUGUGUGGAGACGUCAGAUGUUUCUGGGUACACCUGCACUUGUACCGAAGACUUUGAGGGCAAAAACUGUGAGAUCCUUAAAAUCCCCUCCGAAGAAGGCCUAGAUCAAACUAGCAUUAUUUUGAUUGGAGUCUUUGUGCCCCUUGGCAUCAUCCUCAUAGUCACAACAAUUGCAUGCAUUUGCAAGAAACACAGCUGCAAAAGGACUGGUCAUAAUUCAAGUAAACUUGAGCAAAUAAAAACAGAGCUGCCCUAUGAAAAUCUGCAAGAUGUUAGGAAGCAGGAGGCAGACAACAGUGUGCUAAAUGCUACAACAUUCUGAAGUGAAAAUUGUUUUUUGAUCUGCUAAUAUGUAUUUGUUUUUAUAUUUAUUGACUUUUGAAUGUGUCUUUGUGGAAUAUGUGCAGUAUCUGACAAAUCCUCGAUUUCUGUUAAUAUUUUUUAAAGUCUUUUAAAUCUUUAUGUAACUUUUGUAAACUUCAUUGUAAUUUUUGAUGUGAGCUGUGUUAUGAUUGGGGGAACAAGUGCAAUUAUCGAAUGUCUGUGAGUAUUGUGUAAAAUAAAUGCAUUUUUUUUCUGCUGUAA